UUCAAAUUGUGUUUGUCAUAUAAAACUACAUACUAUCAUGUCAAUUCUCAUGUCCACAUUUCUUUAAAGCUCAGCUCCCUUCCCAUUCUACUUUGCAUAAAUUUCUGACUCAAUCUUUUCACAAAAAAGAAAAUAAAACAGAUCAUUUUAACUAGGACACAAAGAUGAAGAACAACAUUGGCAAUAACACAAAACUCAUACUCUUACAUCCUUAUAUCCAAAAACAAGGAACCUCGUAUCGUUUAUGGGUUCUUGCAUCUAUUUCAUUCCUCACUAUUGCAUUCCUCCUUGCUCUUAUUUACACUAGAGAAUCCUUCACCACUUCCUCUGUCGCCGCGGUCUCUUCCAUAACUGCUUCAGCUAAUCCUCCAUUAUCAAAAGCAGUUGUAAGGGCUCUUACACAUUAUGCAUCAAAUUCCAACAACACUGAACGAAUGUCGUAUACAGAUAUCAAACAAAUUGCUGAUGUUCUUCGACAAUGUCAACAGCCUUGUAAUCUCCUUGUUUUCGGACUUACACACGAGACACUUCUAUGGAAAGCGUUGAAUCACAAUGGCAGAACAGUUUUCAUUGACGAGAAUAGAUAUUACGCUGCUUACAUUGAGGAGAAAUAUCCGGAAAUUGAAGCUUAUGACGUGCAGUAUACAACCAAAUUGAGUGAUAGGAAAGAGUUGAUUGAUGCAGUGAAGGAACAAAUACGGAAUGAGUGUAAGCCAGUGCAGAAUUUGUUGUUUUCGGAGUGUAAACUGGGGAUAAAUGAUCUUCCUAAUCAAUUCUAUGAGGUGAAUUGGGAUGUUAUUUUGGUUGAUGGACCAAGAGGGUACUGGCCAGAGGCACCCGGUAGAAUGUCAGCUAUUUUUACGGCUGGAGUACUGGCACGGAGCAAAAAGUGUGGCAAUCCGAAAACACAUGUUUUUGUGCAUGAUUUUGAUCAAAAAGUGGAUAGAGUUACAAGUGAAGAGUUCUUAUGUAUAGAGAAUUUGGUGAAUUCGAAGGAUAUGUUGGGACAUUUCGUUAUAGGAAGAAUGGAUCCCAACAGCUAUACGUUCUGUCGCAAUCAUAUAUAAGUUGCUCCCAACAUCAAUGUGUUAUUAUAAAGUGAUUUUCAUAAUUUAAAGAUGUGUGGAACUUUGAAUUUAUUAUGCUAGAUGAAUGGAGGGAGGGUCCAUUGUUCAGGGGACAGCUACAAAAAUUAAAUAACUCUCUUUCUGUCAAAGUCUAUGCACAUUUACUGCUGCUACAUUUGGUUUUAGUCAUAAUUUACUAACUGGUAGCUAGCAACAAGCCAAGUAUGGCUAUGGAUUCGACAAUCCUAAUUCCUGAUCUUUUUUAAAGAACAGAUGAUCCUAAUUCCUAAAGAGUAAAGAUCAUGUUAUUAUUCUUAAUGUGGAUGCAUUUUAAUCGAAUUGACACCAAGACUGAAGCUUAAUUAUACUCAUUACUUACAAAUUCAAUACAUAAAACAAGUACAUACAAGUCUAACAAUGUUGCAAAAUUGGGCUACUUGUUGUCCCAAUCGAACAUACAUUUUAUAAUACAGAAUUACAAAUGGUUGAUAAAUCAGAGGUGAGGUUUUUUGACGGCAGCAUAAGUAGUCGAACGAGCUUUUGCAUCGCCUGUAUGAGCUCUACGUGCAGAACUAUUCCUAGAGGAGAAUUCAUGAAGCUUACAAGGUAUAUAGCUCAGUGAUUUCAUGUCCCGGCAAUUU